AUCCCUUGAUUUUUCCCAACUUUAUUCGUCACAUUCUCAAGUUAUACUUAUAACCGAUCCCAAAAAGAUUUUAAAAGAAAGAUAAAAACAGACCAAAUUUUUUAUCGAAAAAGGGAUCUGCUUUUGGACCCUCUAUCUCUAUGCAUUAAAUGAUUGAUAUAGUUCAGCUCAGACUUCAGAGGCUGUGAUGCAUCGAACUAAAUACAUAAAAAAAUGAAGAAAAAUAGCAUCAAAGCUUCUGCAUUUCUCAUGGGUUUUGACAGAAUUUGCAGUUUAAUCUGCGUGUAUGCAAUUGUAGUGGUGGUCUUCAGUAGUCCAGCUGAAGUGACGGCCGGUGACAUAGUUCAUGAAGACGAUUUAGCCCCUAAAAAGCCCGGUUGCGAGAAUGAUUUCGUUUUGGUAAAAAUUCAGACUUGGGUUGAUGGCAUAGAGAACGCUGAGUUUGUUGGUGUUGGUGCUAGGUUUGGCACUACAAUUGUUUCGAAGGAGAAAAAUGCACAACAAACUCACCUUACUCGUUCAAACCCUAGGGAUUGUUGUAGUCCUUCAAUUAACAAGCUUGCUGGAGAUGUCAUCAUGGUUGAUCGUGGCAAGUGUAAAUUUACAACUAAGGCUAAUAUUGCAGAGGCUGCUGGUGCUUCAGCUGUCCUUAUUAUCAAUAAUAAAAAAGAACUCUACAAGAUGGUCUGUGAGCCUAAUGAAACUGAUCUGGACAUAAAGAUUCCAGCCGUGAUGCUUCCGCAAGAUGCUGGUGCAAGCUUGGAGAAGAUGCUGUCAAAUAGUUCAUCAGUUUCUGUGCAGCUGUACUCUCCACGAAGACCAGUAGUUGACAUAGCAGAAGUGUUUUUGUGGCUAAUGGCAGUUGGUACGAUCUUAUGUGCCUCUUAUUGGUCUGCUUGGAGUGCUAGAGAAGUGGCUGUUGAACAGGACCAGUUGUUAAAGGAUGCGUCAGACGAAGUUCCAAGCCCAAAAGGUCUUGGUGUAAGCAAUGUGGUGGAUAUAAGCACUGCAUCGGCAGUCUUCUUUGUAGUCAUUGCUUCAUGCUUCUUGAUUUUACUGUACAAGCUAAUGUCAUCCUGGUUCCUUGAUCUCUUGGUGGUUCUUUUUUGCAUUGGUGGUGUAGAGGGCUUGCAAACUUGCUUGGUUGCUUUGUUAUCUAGGUGGUUCAAACGCACGGGAGAGUCAUUCAUUAAAGUGCCUUUCUUUGGAGCUGUCUCUUACCUUACUUUGGCUGUAUCUCCAUUCUGCAUAGCUUUUGCUGUUAUUUGGGCUGUGUACAGAAAUGCCUCUUUUGGCUGGGUAGGCCAAGAUAUUCUUGGGAUUGCACUGAUAAUAACAGUUAUUCAGAUUGUGCGAGUCCCUAAUCUCAAGGUGGGCACAGUUCUUCUUAGUUGUGCCUUCUUGUACGACAUAUUCUGGGUCUUUGUUUCAAAGACGCUGUUCCAUGAAAGCGUGAUGAUUGUGGUUGCUCGAGGUGAUAGAAGUGGAGAGGAUGGUAUUCCAAUGCUUCUGAAAAUUCCACGCUUGUUUGAUCCUUGGGGUGGUUUUAGCAUCAUAGGCUUUGGUGACAUCCUUUUACCUGGGCUGCUGAUAGCAUUUUCGCUCAGAUAUGAUUGUCUUGCAAAGAAGAAUCUUCGAGCUGGUUAUUUUUUAUGGGCAAUGUUUGCUUAUGGACUAGGUCUGCUUAUUACAUAUGUGGCGUUGAACCUGAUGGAUGGCCAUGGCCAACCUGCUCUUCUUUACAUCGUCCCAUUUACUCUUGGAACCUUUAUAGCACUGGGAAAAAUGAGAGGCGAUCUAAAGAUUCUGUGGACAAAAGGAGAACCCGAAAGGGUCUGCCCGCAUGUCGGCCUUGAAUCUAACAAGGAAUGAUUCACACUUUAGAAAUACUUAAACGUGUAAUUAUGUUGUAAUGGCUAGUUUUGUGCAUUAUCAAGCAGCCCUAGUGCCCUGCUGUUUUCGUUGAAACCCUCUCUUUAAUUUUUAUUUUUUUUCCAUCCAAGAAUUGCUUGUGCUUGAUGCGAAAUGUUGUAAUCUAUCUGUAAUUUAUUGCUAGUCCGAUGGGUCCACAAAGCUGUGGAUUGAGGCGCUGGUUGAUGAAAUCAAGUUUGGGUUUGAGAUGGACCCUCAUCCAUCAUUCCAUUU